AUGGAGAGUGCAAAAGUGCCAUCAGGUGUGAGAAAGGUAAAGAAGAAGCAAGUCAAGGAUGAGUUGGAUCGGAUCAAACAGGCUGAGAAGAAAAAGAGGCGCUUGGAAAAGGCUCUUGCUACUUCCGCAGCCAUUCGUUCUGAACUGGAGAAAAAGAAACAAAAGAAAAAAGAAGAGCAGCAGAGACUCGAUGAAGAAGGUGCUGCAAUUGCAGAGGCGGUUGCUCUGCAUGUCCUUAUUGGUGAAGACUCGGACGAUUCAUGUAAUGUGAUGAUGAAGAAGGAUGAGGGGCUGAACCAGUGGGAUUGCUAUGGCGGUUUUGGCAUAUUCAUGGGCGGUACUGAAGCAGUGGUUCCUCAUGAUGACCUCCCAGGGUACUCAUUAAAGAAUAUAGGGUGGUUCUCUGAUAACCAGAAGUAUGGAUACAUGUGGAGUGAUUGGAAUAACUCUGAUCAGAUGGCGCCCUCUGAAGCUUUCCAAAGGGAGAUCUACCCUCAGUACCUGGAGGGUAGAGGCUGGGAAAGUGCGGGAUUUUCGCCUAGUCUCAUUGCACAAGCUGUUUCAUCACUUCAAAUUGCAGAAGAUUCCCAGGUGGACAAUUAUGUGUUCAAUCAUAUGCUGAGAGGAUAA